CACGGCUUGCCACACACAUCCAGCUUUGGCAGGAAAGGCGAACUAACACACGGGCAUAUUGUGGCCAAGCCCAGUUUCCUGUGCGCCGCACAGGGCCUUUAUAAGACCCCUGCCCCCACACCCGCUCACACAGAGACGCUGCAGCGCAGUUACCCGAAAGCAGAAGUCCGGGGCAUGGGGCCAGCCAUGGGGCUGCUGCUCCAUAGCCUCCUGCUAGUGGCUCCAGGGGGUCUGUGGCUCUCCUCCGGCCAGGUGCAGCUGGAGGGCUUGGUGGGUGAGUCCGUGUAUUUCCCCGCCCUGCGCCCCGUGGCCAGGGACAUCGUCCGCAUCCUGUGGUUUUCGGAAAGGCAGGGCACUCACAUCGCAGAGGCCAAACCCCAGGCCCAGGCGUUCAACGUCAAUUUCUUACCCAACUUCAGCCACCGGCUGGCCAUCCACGCCGGGAACCUCUCCCUGGAGAUCCGCGCUCUGCGGCUGGAGGACCAGGGGCCGUACCGCGCCGUUGUGGAUAUCGCCUCAGACCCUACCAAGCCCAGGGCGUUCUCCUAUGAGCUGUCAGUGCGAGAACGUGGGCAGGAAGGGGACAUUGGCAAAGGAGGAACCACGGACCCCCCAGGAGGCGGAGGACGGAGAACAUCGACGGGCCCCCCAGCAGGAGAACGGAGAACAUCGACGGGCCCCCCAGCAGGAGAACGGAGAACAUCAACGGGCCCCCCAGCAGGAGGACGGAGAACAUCGACGGGCCCCCCAGGAGGCGGAGCGCCUGUGACCACAGGCAGGAGGACCACGCUGGCGGGAGGUGAUGAGGGAGGGCAGGAGGGCGGUGGGAGCCAGGGAUCGUGCCACUGCACUCUGAAGGGUUAUAUCAUCGCGGCCGUCUAUGUGCCCCUCUGCAUCGUGGUGGCUAUUGUCCACGUGAAGACGAGGAGCUAACGGAAGAGCCGGGGUCCCUGGGUGAGAGAAGAGAAAGGGCAGCUGCUGGGGCAAGCUGGGUAACCACCUGUCCGGGGCUUCCUGGACAUCACCUCUUUUUUCAUCCUCUGUCCUCCAGCACCCCCUAAAUACCCGCUCCAGUAC